AGGGGAAUGGUUUUCGUGUUGCCCAGUUUGUAACUUCUGACUUUUACCCUCUCCGUGACCUCUGACCCCAUCAUCUAAUCCCGAGGAACCUGAUUUCCGGAGGAGGCGGUAUCCAGUUCAGUGGUGUCAUCAGCCCGGGGCCAGCGGGUCCUCCCUCCUAGAGCCUAGAGCUCCAAAAGGAGAAACUGAGGUCUCUGAAAUGCUGGAACAUCCUCAGAACAAACAGCCCCUCCUUCUAGGGCCCUGGAGGGGUGCCCGUAACCAUGGAAACAACAACAAAGCCUGGGCUCCACAGCCCAGAGCUCCCAGUCUGCCUUAGGCUCCCUCCAGGAACACCGGGGAUGGCGGGGCAGCCUGCGGAACCCGGGGAGGACGGCUCCAGCCUGGAGCAGCUGGGCAGUGACUUGGGGCAGGAACUCAAGGUCCACGAACCCUCCUGGACCAUCUCCUGGCCCUCCUUCAUGUGGAGCAGCGAAGGCCUGGAGGCCACAGAUUCCGGGGCGACACCCGAGGGGGCCGACGGCAAAUCCUCCCGCUCUUUCGCACUAUCUCGGGGCAGCCAGCAUGGCCUCUCGGAGCACCUGGAUCCAAGGGUCCUGAGGCUGCUGCUGGCCCAAAGGGAGCUGGAAAUCCAAGGCCUUCGAAAGGCUGCUCAGUGUCCUUCUGGGAAACGGAUGACUUACAUACUCCAUGAGCUGACAGACUCCAAGCCAGAAAGGACCUCCCGGGACCAGAUCAAAGCCUUACAGCAGCAGAUCGAGAAGAUGACUCAGGAACUGCGGGACCAGAAGGAGCAAGCCUGCCAGGAGAAAAUGGAGUUGCAGAAUCAGCUUCAAGAGGCCAACACGACUCUGAAGCGCCUGGAGGAUGAGCUGCAGUCCUACCAGCGAUCCUGUCUCUUGCACCUGGCCCGGUCCUCCUGGGCCGGCCGGGUGCUGCGCUCCCAGACGGGCAGCGUGGAGGUGGUGACGGCCGAGGCGCUGAUGAUGGAUCUGAGUGACGAGUCCCUGGAGGAGAAAACUGCGGAGGGGCACCACUUCAGCCUGGAGGACGUGGACUGGAACAGUGUCGCGAAGCGGUACCCCAACCUGUUCCAGGACCUUUACCAAAAAACCAGGCCCACCUCCGCCCACGCGCUGGACCUUUCGGACCUCUCGGACCUCCCGGAGCCCCAUCUGGAGAAGUCCGGCUCCCAAAAGAAUGUCGACUGGAAGAUGCCCAGCAGCUGCCUCAGCUCCACGGCCUCCAGCUCAGAGGGGACCACCACCAGACACAGCAGCACGCCCUCGUCCAUGGUCUCGGACCUGAGCCCCUCCCUCACCUUGCCCACCCAGGAGCAGGAGGGCAGCAGCUCUGGGACCCAAACCGCCAUGGAGGUCUGGAGACCCAGGGUGCACAUGGACAGCUGCAGCAGCAACAGGAUUGCGGUGAUGGGCAUCGGCUCGGCCAGGCUGGGCUCUGUCCCCAGCUCCUUCCGGGACCACCGGGGGAGGAACAGCUUUGGCUCCCCCUUGAGGAUCGUGAAGAUUGACAAACGGGGCAAGUUUAUCCGGGUGCUCAACGAGUCUCUGGAGGAGAGCCUGGACAUCAGCGGCUUCGUCCUCAAGCAGCUCAUCCACCAGUUCCCCGUGUGCGUGUACCGCUUCCCCAAGGACACGCUGCUGGGCCCACAGCACCACGUCACGGUGUGGGGUGAAGGGGUCAGCCUGACGAAGAAGCACGUGCCCCAGACACAAAGGCAGCUGAUCCAUUUUUACACCAACCCUGGCUGUGUCACCCUCCUGCUGAACCCCAAGGGACAGGUGAUGAGCGAGUACCAGGCACAACACUUUGUGACUGAGGCCUCCAAGUCUUUUGAUGAUCACACGGACGUGUCUAUCGACCGCUAUCCCCUUCCUGAGGCUGAGGGAGAGAGGUCCCAGGAGGGCCCAGACCUUGGGAGCAAGAGCUACCGCCGGCAGUCCCAGAUCCGAAGAAAGAGCAGGAUUUCGGGCCCCCCCCACAGCCUCGACAGUCAGCCUGGGACCUACAGAAGCAGGCCCUUGAUCCCCAUCCCCAGCCACAACAUCUCCAAGAGCUUUGGCCAGCAGGAGGCUAGGGAGGCCAGGAUCUCCAGGCAGUCUCUUCAUGGCACUAUGAUGCCACUUCCCAGCAUUCCAGAGCUGGCGCAGCUGCCAAACAUUGGCAAGAAGAUGCAGGAGAAGGGGGUUUCUAAAGGGAACCAUUUCCUGCCACCGCGGAUCUGCAGGAAGUUCGUGGACGUGGACUGUCCCAUGGUGGCCCUGAGUGUUCAGAAGACCUCGGAGAGCAGAUUUGGGAUGAAGCAUCUGAGUUAUCUCCCCAUUACCACAGAGCUGAGGGAGCCUCUGUGAGGGGGGCAGGAGAGGGGGGGACACAGACAUAUACCACAAUACAUUCGCCUCGAGUAGCUGAGCA